GGCUGGUUGUGAGUUUGUCAGUCACUCAGUCACUCUAAACGAAGACGGAGCACAACCAAAAUACGCGCUCACACACCCACAAACACACAAACACAUUCACUCACACACUUCCUCAGCAAUGUCGUCGCGUUGAACUCGGUGUUUCGCUGGAAAACAAACUCAAGCUCUAUCCUCGGUGUGUGUGCGCUCGCGCGCGCCGGUGUGUGUGAGUGUGUGUUUGUGCAGGUGAAUACUGGAGCGUUUCAGCGCUCGAGCUCACUGACACACCGAUUCUCUGCUCUUCUGCAACAACCAACACCACGAUUAUCCGGUGAAGUCCUUCGUCCCGGGGCAUGAUGUCAGAUGGGAAGGAGUUGAGUCCGGUGGACUUCAUCCAGCUGCAGCAGUACAUGGACUACUGCAGUUUGAAGGUGAUCGAUGUGCUGAGGGAAUUCAACGCAGAUGGCCAGUUGGCUCAGUACAGACACGGAGAGUGCAUUGACGCGGAAGGCUUCCGUCUCUUCCUGAAAACGUAUCUGGAGGUUGACGAGUUCCCCGAGGAUCUGUGUGAGCGGCUCUUCAACAGCUUCAAGACCUCCGACGAGGCCAGGGAGGUCUUCCUUAAAGACGUGUCCUGUUAUUUCUCCCUGCUGGAGGACGGGCAGCCUCGAGACAAACUGGAGUUUGCUUUUAAACUGUAUGACCGAGACGGCAACGGAGUCCUGGACAGUUCAGAAGUGGAUCGGAUUAUCACUCAAAUGAUGCAUGCAGCUGACUAUCUGGGCUGGGAUGUGUCAGAGCUCAGACCUGUGCUAAAGGACAUGAUGACGGCGAUUGACUCGGACAGCAGUGGAACCGUGUCACUGGAAGAGUGGUUGGAAGGAGGAAUGAACAAUGUGCCUUUACUGGUCCUACUGGGGUUGAAGAUGACUCAGACGGACGGGCAGCACCUGUGGAGGAUGAAGCAUUUUAACAAGCCGGUGUACUGUAACGUGUGUCAGUGCAUGCUCCUCGGGCUGCGCAAACAGGGCCUCUGCUGCACAUGCUGCAAGUACACCGUCCACGGGCGCUGCGCCAACAGGAAUCCAGCUCCGUGCACUCGCACCUACGUCAAAUCCAAGAAGGAGGCCGGGGUUUCAGCCCACGACUGGGUGACUGGGAUCUGUGAGUCUGGGAAAUGUGACAAGUGUCAGAAGAAGAUUAAGGGUUUGCAAGGAAAAAGCUGUGUGUGGUGCCAUACCGCGCGUCAUAACGAAUGCGCCAACCAGGAGCCUUUAGAGUGUAACUUAGGACCACUGAGAGACCACAUUUUACCACCGUGGGCCAUUUACCCCGCCAUUAAGGAGAGGCAGAACUUCGUGAAGAACGGAGCAUCAGAUGACACUGGGUACUACACUACACCUGAUGGACAGGUACUGCAGGUCAUUCCAAUUCCUAACACUCAUCCGCUUCUGGUGUUUGUGAACCCUAAAAGUGGAGGCAAACAGGGUGAGAGAGUUCUGCGCAAAUUACAGUUCUUGUUAAACCCUCGACAGGUUUUUAACCUGAACAACGGUGGACCUGGACCAGGGUUGAGCUUCUUCAGGGAUCUGCAGGACUACAGAAUAUUAGUGUGUGGAGGUGAUGGGACUGUGGGCUGGAUCCUCGAUGCCAUUGAUAAGGCCAACCUGCCAGUGCGCCCCCCAGUGGCUGUGCUUCCACUCGGCACGGGGAAUGACCUGGCGCGGUGUCUGCGAUGGGGAGGAGGUUACGAUGGCGUGGACCUAAGCCGGAUCCUGAAAGAGCUGGAGUUCAGCACUCCGGUAAUGAUGGACCGCUGGAGUGUGGAGGUGGUGAUGGAGGACAGUCAGGAGAAAGGAGACCCUGUGCCUUAUGAGAUCAUAAACAACUACUUCUCCAUCGGAGUGGAUGCGUCGAUUGCGCACCGUUUUCACACCAUGCGUGAAAAACAUCCACAGAAAUUCAACAGCAGAAUGAAGAACAAGCUCUGGUACUUUGAGUUUGCCACCUCGGAGACGAUCUCAGCGUCCUGUAAGAAGCUGAAGGAGUGCCUCACCAUAGAGUGUUGUGGCAUUCAGCUGGACCUCAGUAACCUCUCUCUGGAAGGCAUCGCUGUGCUCAAUAUCCCCAGCAUGCAUGGUGGAUCUAACCUGUGGGGCGAAGCCAAAAAGAGUGACCGCGUGAACCAGGAACUGCCGGAAGUUAUCGUAGACCCCGAAGACUUAAAAGUCAGCCCUCAAGACAUGAGUGAUAAGCGUGUUGAGGUGGUGGGACUGGAGGGAGCCAUAGAAAUGGGACAAAUCUACACAGGCCUCAAGAGUGCUGUCCGACUCGCCAAGACCUCACAGAUCACCAUCAGGACGAAGAAGCCCAUGCCCAUGCAGAUCGACGGAGAGCCGUGGAUGCAGCCGCCGUGUACCAUUAAUAUCACACACAAGAAUCAAGCCUGCAUGCUGAUGGCGCCUCAAGCCAAACCCUCCGGCUUCUUCAACCUCAAGUAGUGUCUGCGUCUACGUCUACGCCUGCCUCUGCAUCAGCAACCUGAUGUGUUUAAUGUGGUCCAUAUAUAGCAAUUUAUAUAUAUAUAUAUAUAUAUAUAUAUAUAUUUAUAUAUAUAUAUAUAUAUAUGGAUGCUGACCCAUGUGGCCAAACUGUGUGCAUGAGCGCGCGUGUGUGUGUAUUGAAAAGGAUGAUGUACACAAAAUAUGAUGCUUCAUUGCAUAUUUAUAAACCUUCCCGUCAUCUGAGGAGUCGAUCUCCUCUGCAAAACUGUCACUUACCUCGAUGCAUCAAGAAUGCAGUGUUAGUUUUACUUCAUCUCCAUCGUGCCAUUAGUUCAUAGCAGCAGUACCCUUUUGUUUUCAUUGGCCUAAAUCUUCUAAAGCUUCAUAAAAUACUAAUCACGAUUAACAUCAAGCUAUAAACCGGCUGUAUUAGUUAAGGCGUUAGGGUUUAGAGUGAAAAUCUGAGCAUUGAUUGUGAUGAUUGCUAAUGCAGCCUGUAAUUGUGUUUACACCUGAACUGUGCGGUGUAAUAUUUAGAUAACAUAUUAAUCAUUUUAAUAUGAAAUGAUUCGAUAUUUUGACUUGUUACGUUGAUGUUAGCAAGAGAUGCUUGACUCGGUCUCUUCAAACCGACCAACAUGCUUUACUAUUUAGUAUAUUUUAACAGCUCGAAGUUUAAUUUUAAGUUUAUAACUUAACUGUGUUCAUACUUCUCUUAAAUACAGACAGAUGUCAUACACACAAACACACACACAUACACAAACACACACGCACACGCUUAUAAGAGUAGAUUGUGAUAAAUCACAUGCCUUUUAAAAAAAUUAUUUCUCUUUUUCUUGCUUAUUUCCUGAGAAUGUAGGCCUAUCAGAUUACAUCUUGUAAAAAUGACUGAAUAAAUUAGAAAAAAAUGUUU